AUGUAUUCCUGGGGAGAGGACAGUCAGGGGGGCUUUAUUGUAAAAGACGGCUCCGGUGUAGCAUGUGAUGGAGUUUACUUUCUGAAGCUCGGUUUUCACAUCAAGGAUCUGUCAGCAGGUCACAGUGUGCUCGCUGUCGUCAAAAGUGAUGGAAACGCAUUCAUCAUCCGCACAAACGAGAGCAACAAUGGAAGAAGAGUGAGAGGAAAACAGAAGUUUGUGAAACACAAAGAGAAGAUUCAGGCUGUGAGUUGUGGUGAUGAUGUGGUCACACUGCUGUCUCAGACCGGCAAAGUUCUCUGUGUGGGCCCAGUUCACACUUCACCCAUUCCCAGGACCCCAGAAGCUUUGUGUAACAUACCAGUAUCUCAGGUUGCUUGUGGGAGCCAGCAUUCAAUCGCUCUGACCAAAGAUGGUCAGGUGUACACAUGGGGCCAGGACUCCAGAGGCCAGCUGGGUCUGGGAAAGCUAAAGCUCGACACCAAUUCACCCCAACACCUCCAAUCCUUGUCAUCGAUCCCCCUGGUCCAGAUCGCUGCAGGGGGGGAGCAGAGCUUUGCCCUCUCUGUCUCUGGAGGGGUGUUCAGCUGGGGCAGAAAUGACCGUGGACAGCUCGGGCUGGGAGACACUACAGACAGACACACACCAACCCCUGUUCCUUCUUUGGAAAUGAAGAAAACUGUUCACAUCUCCUGUGGAAAGGACCACACUGGCAUUUUAACAAAGGAUGGUGUAGUGUUUACAUUUGGCUCUGGUCAGUAUGGACAGCUUGGGCACAACUCAUUCAGUGAUGAACUACGUCCUCGCAUUGUUGCAGAGCUCUGGGGGGCAAAGGUCAUCAAGAUUGCAUGUGGACGACAUCACACAUUAGUGAUGACGGACUCCAAGAGAGUCUACUCCUUUGGGUGUGGAGAGCAAGGCCAGCUGGGACAUGGAGAGGAGAGUCAUCCAUCUGUGCCGCUGCCUGUUCAACUACCACAGGAUGCCGCUGAUGUUUCACAAAUUCAGAACAUCUACGCAGGAGGAAACUGUUCCUUUGCAAUGUGCUCGUCUAAUAAGGACGUUCACAAAGGGUCAAACAGUGACAGUAUGAACAAGGUUCAUCACUGUCUUGAUGGUUUGAUUGACAGAUGGACCUCUGAACAUGAUUCAAAGUCAUGGAAAAAGAUCAAACAGGAAAUCAAAAGGACAUUUUCCUCUGCAUCCUGCCUGAAUCAAAGCUUCCUUGAUCAAAGCAACGAUAAACAUUUCCAGACCUCACAAAAGUUCUCCGGCUUGAACUUGUCAGUUGCACGACUUGCUUUCCAGAAACUGGUACAGAAGGAUGAUGUUUGGGAAAAGGUUGAGGCUGCUGUCAAGCAGUUGCUUCCCUCUCUUUAUGAGAAACCAGUAGGAGUGGAGGGGCUGAGGAUCUAUCUGCUUCUCAUUGAGCUUCUGCAUGUGAUCCAGAAACACAAACGGCAACAGGGCACACACUUUGCUGAGUUGGUCGCCGCUGCUGUAGUAAGACUGUCUGCUGACAGCCUCCAAGUCAUAGUGGGCUGGUGGUGCUCACUGUUGCCCUCCACUAAGGUUAAACAUGUCAAAGUGUGGAAGCGGGCACUCACACCUAUCCUGUCCUCCUUUCCUGUUCCACACGACUCUGGAGUCAAGAACCUGCUACUGGUCCUCCAACAUAUGUACAAUGCCAACAACAGGACUGAAGGUUGUCAGAGGAUCCCAGAUGAAACGUUUUGUAUGGGGGUUAACCAACUACUUCUUCAAGAGGAUCUGAAAGUUUGGCGUUCAAUGCCAAGAAACUGGCCAUAUAUCAUGUGUAGCUUCCCAUUUGUGAUGGAUCUGAAAUCAAAGAUAAUAGCUUUUGACACUGAUGCCGGCUGGACACAGGUGCAGAGGCAACAACAGCAGUUGUUUUGGACAUUCUAUGGAUGGGUUGCUCAAGCAAAUCCUUGCUUCUUUGAACUGAAGCUGAAGCGUGCGUCACUCAUGGAAGGCACCUUCCAACAACUGGCUGCUGCUCAUUCCAGCGACCUCAAGAAACCAUUCGUGGUCUAUUUUGAUGGGGAACCAAAGGUCACAGAUGUCUACAAAAGAGACUUUUUUCACCACUUGUUUCAUAACAUGGUGUCAACUAAAUCUGGGAUGUUCAUGUUCAACGACUCCGAUACACUGGCAUGGUUCCCCUCCAAGGCAACAGAGGAGGACAAGACAAACUUCUUUCUGUUUGGACGUUUGUGUGGAUUGGCCUUGUACAACCAGAGUAUCAUACAUUUACCCUUCCCACUGGCUCUGUUCAAGAAACUGCUUGAUGUAGAGCCUUCACUGGAGGACAUGUUAGAGUUCAGCCCAAGAGUUGGAAAGAGUCUACAGGACAUCUUGGACUAUGAAGAUGAUGUCAUCGAAAGCCUUGACUUGGAUUUUCUGAUUGACUGGGAUAAGACAGAGGUUGAUCUUGAUCCCCAAAAUCCAAGAAAGCCUGUGACAUGUCAAAAUAAGAAGGAGUUUGUGGAUGCCUACGUGAAUCAUGCCUUCAACAUGUCAGUGGAGGUUGUGUUUCAGGAGUUUAGGCGAGGCUUCUUCCAGGUGUGUGACCAGCGUAUGGUGAAACUGUUCCGGCCAAAGGAGCUGCAGGGACUCCUGGUGGGCCAAGACGUGUACGACUGGGCAAAGCUGAAACAGAACACAGUCUAUGAAAUGGUCUAUCAUGGUGGCCACCCCAACAUACUGACGUUUUGGGAGGUUUUUGAUGAACUGACAGAAGAACUGAGGAAAGAUUUCCUUUGGUUCCUGACUGGUUUUAGGAGGGCUCCUAUUCUUGGAAUGGAUGAUGUCCGGAUGAAAAUUCGAGUUAAGGAAGUCCUGGACACCUCCAGCGAUCAACUGUUCCCUGAGUCACUCACAUGUCACUCUAUUCUGGAGUUGCCCUUAUACUCAACCAAGGAGAUCAUGCGAGAGAAGCUGAAAGAGGCUCUGAUAACGGAGAGAGGAUUCUCAGAUCUUCCUCAGAUUCACUGAUCAUCAGCUGCUGGACAGGAGCGUGUACUGUAUCUGUGCUGGGGUGGGCCUGAUUUCUAUCAUCUUUCCUGCACUAACUCACCUUAAAAACAAACUCACUGUGCCGAAUGCAAAUGACUUGAUAUUAUACAAAUGCACAUUUAAAAAGGAUGUCUAAAGAGCAUUUGGAGUCAUUCCCACUUAAACUGAAGUCACUUUAAAUGUCUUUGUUUUUUUCCUUUAUAUUAUUAUAUACUGUAUAUUAUUAUAUAUCUUGCUAUUCUAUCAUUUAAGUGAAGUUAUUAAUACACAUGACUUUUACAUAUUCUCAGGGACAAAGUCCAUUUUUGUGAUUAUUUAUUGAUCAAAUUGCAAUAACCAGAGUAUAGUAUAUACUUUCUGCAUUCCUGUACUAAAUAUUAUUUUUGUUAAAAUUCUAAUAUUGCUAAUUCUUUGUCUAAUUGGUGAUGAUUAAGUUGUAUGGUAUUUUUGAGUUUACAGUUUAUGUCGGGGUUCUGUUGAAUUGUAUUAUAUGGGUCUAUUAAGGAGACGGACAAAAUACUGUAUUAUAAUGGUUGAAUGCUACUGUACCUGUAUAUGGUAGCCAGGUGCCUUCUUGAAGAAUGUUCUAACUUUAUGUUAUAUUGCAUACCAUUCCUGCUGGGUGCCGUUAUUUUAUCACUAUUGUAUAUUUUGUAUUUAAUGUAACAAUGGUCUUGAGUCGAAAGGCUUAGUUUAAAAACAGAUUUAUCACAUGUAAAAUAUGUCAUUCAAGGUUAUAUCUCAUUCUGGGCAUUGUAGGUUUGGGGUUUUCAGUAUAAUGCAAUUUAACGUAUGCAAUGUAAAAGCAUGUUUGGUUUGUAAAAUCAAUGAAGGAAG